AUGUUUUCAUAUCUGUUCAAUCCAGUCGGAAGGUCCAUGGACAGUCGUAAGGUCCAUGGACAGUCGGAAGGUCCAUGGACAGUCGGAAGGUCCAUGGACAGUCGGAAGGUCCAUGGACAGUCGGAAGGUCCAUGGACAGUCGGAAGGUCCAUGGAUAGUCGGAAGGUCCAUGGGCAGUCGGAAACUCCACACCGGCCGGAGUAA